AUGUAUAAUGGAUAUUCAUCGUAUGAUAGCGAAAUUCAACGACAUACGAUAUGUAAUUCACCAUUAUCAACGAAUAUACCGACAUCGGUGGCCGAGAAAAUUGCCAUGCCUUAUUUAUCACAUAUCUAUGAAUUAAUAAUAAGUAAUCGUCCGUUUUCAGUAACAACAGAUAAAGAUUUUAAAUGGACGCUCGAAAUAUUUUCAUUUGGCUUUACAUGUGAAGAAAGUGCAAUAUAUCAAUUAUGUGCAAAUGUCUACGUCGAAUGGCUUAAAGUAUUUGAAUUAACAUCAGCUAAUUCAAAUUCGAUACCACCCAUUUUACGUGAAAAAAUAGAAUUUUAUUGGUCACAGAUGUUUUGGCAUCUUUAUCAUUUAUUUGUUGUACAUGAUGAAAAAACAGCGGAUUUAUUAACAAAACGAAUGUACACUCAUAAAGUUCUACGUCAAUUACAAAUAAUGAUUAGUCAAACAGAAUUAAGCUUUGAUUUAUGGAAUAUUUUACUUCAAGUCUUUCUAGCAAUUGGCGAUACCGUACUAUCUCCACCUUAUCGAACAAAUGAAGAAUGUAGUGCCGUAAUGAGUCACCGUCUUGUACCAUCGAUCUAUCAAGUUUUUAUGUCGGCUAUUGAUAAAAUCGAUAUUCCGCCAGGAUUGUGGAGAACAUUUCGUGAUUAUGCUCGAACAUGGCGUCAUCGACCUGCGGUUAUAUAUGAUUGGGCUCAAAUUACAUGUGUUCUUGCAUCGACUGUUGUACAUAAAUUAUGGUGGUCUGAUUUAAUACCAUUGCAAUAUAAUUGUACAGAAACAGAUCAAAGUGAAUAUACUCAGAAACUAAUAGAUUCUCUCCCGUUAGAUAAACUUGUUGUGACAUGGAUUCAAUUUUUAACUAUUCUACAAAAUCCAUCGGAAUGUGGUGAUAUAUCGGUUUUUAUUCGAAUGCCACAAUAUUCUAGUCAAUUACAGUCAAAUCCAAAUUUAAAACUAAAAGAUUUUACGUCUUUACAAGAAUUACCACGUAUAUUUGUUAAUGUCACAAAAGCAAUUGGAAUGUUUGUUGAUAUCUGGUUAGGCAAAGAAAUUGAUCCAUCUUGUUUAUAUAGUCCAAAACCUUCGAAUACUUCUCAAGUAACAAUCAAUGAUAGUAUACCACCAACAGCAAAUAGUUCUCAAUCGUCUCGUCCGCCUACACAACCAAUUCGCGGAGCUCAACCAACUCAAACGCCUUCAACAUUAAAAUCAAGUAAAUCGCAACUUGACAAUCGAAAAAUUAAUUUAUCUUCUAGUCUAAGUUCUUCAACAAUGAAUCAAUUAAUAACUACAACGAAUCCAUGCGACAGAAUCUUUUCGAAAACUUCUCGCAUAAAUCAUUCAACUGUAAAUAGUCUUAUGCACUUAUACGGUUCGUGGAUAUUCGACUGUUGUUUAUUACAAAUAAAAGAUCGUUGCGCACGAUCAUCAAUGAAUGAUAGUAAGUCGAUUAAGUCCUAA